CCCCCCCCCCUGAAAACUCGAAACAGAAUAAAUACAAGAAAACACAAGAAAACCUCCCAUACCCCAUGGCAUUUCCUAGCUUGGACACGCAGGUCCUUCUCACUCCUUCGGGAUUCCUCAAGCUUUGCGAGACGGCUAUGACCAUCCUAGCCCUCAGCAUCUCCCAGGGCAUCCCAGGGCUCGGCUUUGGGAGUGAGAGCCUCGACUUCUUUGGCGGAGGGACCCUGAUAGCCUCGCUGGUCGUGAGUCUGCUCCUCCUCGCGACUCUCCUGUUGGGUGGCCAGCAGAUGCAGAAAGUGCUUUUUGAGACGAAAGUGAACUUCACUCUGGCGGCCCUAAUGGUGGUGCUAGGAGGGAUCACCAUCCACACCUACAGCGUCCAGCCCGGAAGGUCUUCCCCAGUGGCCGAUUCGGGAAAAGCCGUCGGCUCCAUGUGUCUCAUCAACUCCGUCUUCUAUGGCCUCGAUACCUUCUUUGCUUACCAAAAUUAUAAGUGUAAUUAAGCUGCACCUUGUCAUAACACUUCAAAAGUGAAGUUAAAUAUUAUUUAAUGCAUAUAUAUUCUGUUGUGUGUAUUACUGCUGAAUGUUAAAUGUUAAACAUUUUGUGGUAAGGAGCUAUCUAAUCAUAUAUAUUUUGUAAUUUGUGUAUUUAUCAUCAUUCCUGAUAAUGAGAAAUACAUCAAGCUAUGGUUUAUAUGCAUUCAUA